AUGUUCCGCCAGGCUUUGCACACGCUGGGGAGUGCUGCCAAGUGCAUGGGGCUGGGGCCAAGUUUGAGGAAGAUGACAUUGAGCAAUUCCGGGCCCAGCUUGAUUCUGAACUUUGAAGAUUGUGCUGAGCAGCUGAAGUCUGUGCUCAGAAUCUCAAGGUUACGAAAGAUUGCAGCGCGUUGCCUGCGUCCUGGCAGGCCCUUCUUUUCCUGUAGCCACCACGCUUUUCUGGUCUCGUGGUUGAUGCACACCAAUCCAGGCAGAAGCGAAGCGCUGAAGGCUGCAGUUUGCGUCACUGGAGGGUCCAGCGCAAUGGCUUCAAAGCGCGUGACUCGCAGCGUGGCGCGGCAAGACUCAGCCGCCGCCACAGGCAUCUCCGACAUAGGCCCAGAGUUGCUCAAUCUUGUACUCACCAAGCUCGCACCCAGCCCUCUGAACUUGGCCGCAGUCCCCUGUGUUUGCAAAGCCUGGCGCAGAAUAAUGCAGGAGCAGACUUGGCAGCAACUCUGCCUGGAGAUUGCUCCGGGGUUGUGCAGAGCGCUGGGGUAUGAUGCAGCUAGUCAGCCUCCUGGUGGCUGGGCGGCAAUGUACAAGCUCCUCUUUUUCUGCCCGGCCCAUUUCCACAUGUCCUGGUACUUUGACGGGUGGAGCUCCCUAGGGCACGUACAGACACAGUCCACCGGCUUCCUGACAGGGGCGGAGAUUGCCGCAGAGUUGCGCUUGAAAGAUCGGUUCAAAAGAGUUGUCCUGUUUGUCAGCCGACCGUGCUUUCACGGAGAUGAGAUAGGAGCCCGGCAUGCAACACGGGUGCACACCUGCCAGGGCCUGCUUCAGGAUGUUGCCAAGUCAGCCCUUGCGAAACGGGCGGGGGCAAGGGAGUACUCGCAAGCACCUCCCGAGUUGCAGCAGAGGAUGCGAGAGUUAGCGAGCGACCGCUGUCAGUACUGUCAAGCGGCUUUAUAUGAGCUUGAGUCCAGGGUCCUGGCUGAUAGAGAGUGUUCUUCCUCGGAGGACAUGGACUCGGACGAGGAGGGGCUAGAGGGGUUCGACUUCAGCGGUCAUGUGUGUGGGAACGGGCACGUUAUGCUUGAGAUCCUGGGUAAUCUGGGCGAGACGCCAUUUUCCGGUGCAGAGUCAGUGCGUGAAGUCGAGGAAGGUCGUCCUGUAGAAACUAGUAAAGUGAAGAAAGAGCUGUGUGGACUCUUUGGGUCGGACCCAAAUGCUGAGUUUGAACGCAAGCUGUGGAACACUUUGGACGCUUUCUCUAUGUUCAGGAAGCUGGAGUGCUUAGAGCGAGAGUUUCAGGAGAGUGGAUUGAAAGAUGAGAUCUGUGAGGACACAGAUGAGGAUGGCGAGGAGCGAAUAGUGCACAGCCCGCGGCAUCGGAUUCCUUGAGAGGGCGUCAGGUGUUGGCUGACUUGGAGCAAGAAUGGUAUGACAUGGAGAAGCAGGUUGUCAGCACUGUUGAAGCUUUUGAGAGGGACCUUGAUGAGGACUCAGAACCGGUUUUAGGGGCUGAUACAGAAUCUGUCAGGGAGUCUGGUCCAUACUGGGAGGUUUCGGCUAGUGAAAUUCAGUGCGUCAGGAAACUCCUGAACGUUGAGCCCCACUGUACGGAUAUCUUCGCCAGAUUCCUGGCCGGGAGUUGCAAGCGGAGUGCUAGCGUGGUUUUGGACACAGUGAAGAGGCUGAAACUGCUGAACUCGCCCCAAGAGCAGAUUAGGAGUGAACUGCAAGCGAUCCGGGAAAAGAGGGGGGAUGAGGUUGGAGCAGCGCUGCGAGUUGCUGGAUUACCCGAGGGAUCUUACUCGAACCCUUGGCCGGAUUAUGAGUCCGUUCGCAAAUACAUCUAUACGUCCGAAGACAUCUCGUUGGAGGAGGUGAUCCGCUGUCAGCAGAAAGCCUUAAAAACGGCGAAGGCAAGGAAGGGCGCAGAAGGUGAGGCAAGACGCGGCGGCGGCGCUGGGAAGAAAACGACCGCGCCAAGUGGAAGGCGUAGCAAGAGGUAAAAAGUAGUAUGGGUCGUUGAUCGACAUAAGAUGAUGCGCACCCUCGAAGUUGGCGGGAAGUGAAAACAGCGCCAUGCGAGAUGCAAAGAGACGGCAGAAAGUGUAGUCAGCCUGUGGGUACUCCGGAUGUGCCUACACAUGUGAGGUUGGUUUGCAAUUUUCAAGCUUAGAGCCCCUUUGUCUCUUCGCUGCUUAGAAGAGUUGACUCGGCUACUGUGCCACGUACUCUGACGCCGUUGCUUUCCGGAACAACGGCUCGAACCCUUUGCUUUGUGAACAUUGAUGCAACAUUCUAUAUAAACGCAAAGCAUAGCAUCCA